AGCUCUUUUUCCCUCCUCAGUCUCUCAGGAUGAAUAAACCCUCGCAGUUCCUCUCUCAGGGUGAACAGAUGAACAGAAUGCAGAGAGAGAGAAAGAUGGAGGAUUAGUCUUAGGAGGAAGUGAAGUGAAUUGAAAGCUUGCGUCUCCUCUGGGAUACAAGCUGGAGUUUUUCUUACCAGCAUGAUGUGGUGACUGUGCGUGCACACACACACACACACACACACAGAGAGAGAGAGAGAGAGAGAGAGAGAGAGAGAGAGAGAGAACUAGGAAGUGCACUACAGCACCUGCUCUCUCGCUCUUCAUCAUCCAGCAGAAAAUCUAAAAGUAAUACAUUUAGAACUUCACAUUUCUGUUCCUCAGAGAUGGAGGAAAAUCAGGAAGCUGAUGAAACUCACCUGUUCUGCGAUCAAGGAAUGGAGCAUCUCUGCACAUGAUAGUUGCCGUGACGAUGUGUGUGUUUGUGUCUCCGUUGGUGGUGGCCGGCAUCGUCAUCGGCCUCGUGCUCUUCCUCUCCCUCAUCAUCAUCAUCAUUGGCAGCAUGAGGAAGAGAAAACACUCACACCUCAACACAGACGCUGCAGACGGAUUUUCGUUCGGAGGAUCGACAGGUGAGUUGAGGUCAGACUGCGUGGAUGAAUUUCCUCCUGCGUUUGACUUUGACUCGUACACGGAGACGAUCCCCAUCCCACAGAUCAGCGCCGGUUAUCCUGACCCACCGCCUCGUUAUGACGAGUGUGUGGGACGGGAUGCGACGCAGAUAUUCACCCCUACAGAUGAUCCUCCGCCGUACUCACACACCUCACACACAUACCCCUGCACAGAGGGGGCGGAGCUUCCUGAAGGUACGUCCUGGUGGUCAGCGCAUGCACAUGCAGGUUCCAUUCAUCCAAUCAGAUUGCAGGACGUCUCCCCCGUGUUUGUUUUGUCUCUGGAUGAGCUGCCGCCGUACGAGGCCGUGAUGGAGCAGCAGAACCGAACCAUUCCGCUGAUCGCCAACGACGACGUGAAACACACCGCCGAGUAAACACGUCACGCCUCUAAUAAAACACUGUGUGAGACUGGGUGUGUGGCUGACUGGCGCCUUUUGAUGACAUCAUCAUGUGAGCAAAGAAUAUCCUACAGAACAGGAUUUGAUGUAAACACACAUGUUUAAUAAAACUUUGUAAAAGAUAAACAGACUUUAUUUAACAGAUCUAACGCUGAGAACCAAAGACAUGAUUAAUGGCGGAUUGUCCGAGUCUCAGAUCUAUCUCUCUCUCUCUCUCUCUCUCGCUCUCUCUCUCUCUUUAAUCCAGAAGCACAUUCUUUUUGGAUUUCUCAAUGACUGAACUCUUUUCUACCAAACACUAGCUUUAUUUACUCCUGCAGCUCAUUUGUAGGAAAUUCACCAAAUCAGAGUUGAACAGAAAACCAGAUUUUCAACAGAGCAGAAAUUUUUUUAGUGUUUAUGCAUUGGAGUUACUUUAUUAAUGCAUUUAAAUAACUACAUUUUUGCUAACUGAUUAGCAAACAGUCAAACUUAUCACUAGUCUAUUGUCAUCUAUUUAUUUUCAAAAAAAAAAAUAAAUAAAUAUAAUACUGAGUGGUUAUUAAAAUGUAGCAGAAAUGUAGGAUGUUUUCAGUUUAGAUGAAACUAAAAUGCGAGGAGAUGAAAAACGUGUAGAAGCGCUAAUCUCAUCUUUUAACUUCUCAGUAAAAAUGAAAUUAACAUCAAUUUGCAUUGAAAAAAAAUACAAAUUAAAACGAUCUCUGAUUUAUCUGCUUUAUUUGCCAACAUCUUGAGAAACUAUUUUUAAGCUAAUUCUGUCGUGCUAGUAGAGUACUUUAGCAGAUUAGCUGUUUCAUGCUAACUAGGCAAAAAAAUGCUAUAAAUUACAUCAUUAUAUGUUCUACAGCAUUAUAAACAUUAUACACAUUAUACACAUUAUAAACAUUAUAAACGUUAUAAACAUUAUAUAACCCCUUAGUGUAAUGCUAGCUAGCUUAUUGAAUCGUGAGUUAUUGCACGCUACGUAACUUUAGCGAACAUUUUUACUCAUUUUCUACAGACAGAUGCUAAUUACAAAAUUAUCCAGGGGCACAAUAAAUCACUAUUUACAAAUAUUAUUAAAUAAUACAUAUAUUUUAAUAAUAAAAAUCACAAGUGUGCUAUAAUUCAUUCUGACUGUUAAUGUACACAACAGGAACUUUAUUUUUCCUCUAUAAAAACUUUAUUAAGUUUGAAAAGUUUUAAUCUGAUGAUAUUUUAAACUGAAAUCAUUCUAAUGUUAAUGUUUCAAAUCAAAGAAAUUUAGAGCAACUAAUAAUGUGUUUCUACGUGAUCAAUAUCUUAUUAAAGCUUAUUAAAAGUUGUUUAUGAUGUCUAAAUGUUAUCCUACAUCAGGAAAUGUAAUAUUAUUGAAUGAUAUUUCCAGGAGCUCUGUUAUUGACUGAUUAUCCGUGUGUCUGUAGCCGUCAUUAAAGAAAUUAAUCAUUGUAAAUAGAUAAAUAUGUUUUUGUUGUUGUUUUUCUGUGUGGUAUCUUUAUUGAGAGUUUUUCUGUUUGUUUAUUUUUUGUGAAACGUAAUUAAUCCUAAAUAGAUAUUCUUAUUCAGGUUCUGAGACAGUAAUAAUUUAUGUAACACCUCGGUCAAACUCAGUGCUGCUUCACAGACUCCAACGAGAAGCAAUUAAUAAAUAACAAAUUAAUAAUAAUAAUAAUAAUAAUAAUAAUAAUAAUAAUAAUUUUAGUAGUAGUAGUAGUCUUGAUUGAUUGAUUGAUUGAUUGAUUGAUUAAUCAUUUGUAAGAACAGUAAAAUAUUUUGUCUCUGCCUUUAAAAACUGUUUCAUUUGCACCCUAACCCUAACUGUUACUGCCUCUGUGUGGCCCUCUGUUUAAACCUACACAUUAUUUUGUCUUUAAUUUAAGAAUGACCACAAAUAACAGAUUUAUUUUUUGUGUUGAAAUUUAUUUUCACGAUAUUUAUUGCUGAUUUUGUGAUGAUGUAGAUGCUGUAAAUAUAAAUAUGACGCUUCGCGUUCAUGGUUGUGAUUAUGGCCCCCUCUGGUGGUUGUGAGCUGUUUGUGCAGGCCAGCUGACGUGCGUCAU